AUGCAACAGGGCCCGUCUUCCACCUCUGCUCUAGCUCCCGCCCCUAGCCCUGCCCAUACUCUCGCUCCGUCCCAGCAACAACCUCAACCCGCGCGCACCAGUGGCCAGCACUAUGACCCCAUCCGCUCUGCCUUCGACAACUCAUCCGUCACCGCCCCUCAAUUCUCCGCAUCCUCAAAAAUCUCCUUGACUUCUAGUCACCAGUUUACUCCCCCGCCCAACACAAGGACACCUCCUCCUCGUCCAGUAUACCGAGCCAGUGCAUCUCCCGCCAUUUCCAGCAUAAUCGAUCCUCCCAUCCAACCGUCUUCCUCAGCUCCCCCCCAGCCAUCUCUCUUUCAUCAGCAGUCCAAGGUUUCUCCAGAGAACAGCCAUUCAGCCAAACAUUCACCUGUUUCAGCCACUCCCAUCUCGACUCCUAAAACCAAUACGACACCUAUCCAACAGCCUAAAGCUGUGCAUCAGCCGCUGCUGUCGUCCUCUCUCCUGGAAGAACCAGUCACCAUGGAUAUCGACAGUGGGAACAAUGCACCAACUCCCGCUCCGUCAGUACCCUCGAAACUAACUUCAACAGGCCCCACCAAAAAAGGAACCGGAGCUUCCACAGGUACCCCCUCCACUGCACCAUCUCCCAAACCUUCACGAACCAAAGACACAACCCUGCCCCCGCUCCCAUCAGGCUCGGGCUUGCUAGCCGGAACCCUUUUCGGCGUAGACGCGAUCGACAAAUCUAACUCGACAUCAACCCCGAACAUCAUCCUCCACAUCCCUCUAAAUGGUAAAACCAACCAGAUCAUCAAUUUCACUCGGCUGGCAGAAGAACAGUACGGCUUUGACGCCCUCCAUCCCCGACUUGCAGCGCAACGCGAACGACUAGCCCGCGUCAAUGCCGCCAGCGCUGCACUGGAGAGAAAUGAAAAGAACACCAGGGGUACCACUGGCACUGAUAGCGCAGCGGAGGAUGAUUUAAGCCUCGAUGCUGAUCGCGAUAGCGACGGGGAUGGUGAUGUGCUCAUGUCCGGUAUGGGUGGCUCAUCGUCGUUAUUGAAUGGGCCAUGCAGCAGCGACGCUGGUGGUGGGGGUGGUGCUGGUGGUUCUACAAAGAAGAAACGACGGCGGAAAAUCGAAGAGUAUGACCGUGACGACCCGUUCGUCGACGAUAGCGAGCUUGCGUGGCAGGAGCAGCUGCCGCGAGCACGGAUGGGUUUGCAUAUGCUACAUACUCUAAAUGUUCAAGGAUUCUUCCCAGUCCCCCCUCCCCGUGGAAUGACAAUAUAG